GUAAUUUUACCCAUGUUAUUGUGUUUCAGUAUAUGGGAGUAUGGUACGAGAUCCAGGCUCAGCCCAACAUAUUCCAGUCGAUUAAGUCGUGUCUGGCAAGCAGCUACAAACGAGUUAAGACAGAGAUCCAUGUUUUAUCUGAAGGAUUGGACUCCAGCGGUGCUUCAACAACCACCAAAUCUAUUUUGAAAAUUGUGGACCCACAGAAUCCUGCUCACAUGGUCACUGACUUUGUUCCGGGAGUUGAGCCUCCCUUUGAUAUUGUGGAUACCGACUAUAAGACUUUCUCUUGUGCUCAUUCCUGCCUCUCUAUUGUUGGAAUAAAGACGGAGUUUGUCUUCAUUUACUCUCGUAACCGCACCCUAAGAUCUAACUCAACCCAACACUGUCUUAGCAUAUUUGAGGUGAGUAUUAUAGGAAUCAUAAGUUUUUAUACAAAUGCAAAUAAUUAUUAAUGAGAAAUUAACUUC